CCCAAUUUCGAAUUGGGGAUUUAAAUCAGCAGCAGACAGUCGAACAACUGAUUGCUGAAAUCAUCUCUUCGCCUAGAAAAUGGAUGCUCUUAUGAAUCUUGAAUCAGUUCUUCGCUCAAAACAGGUCCAAUUGACGGCUCAAGAAGUAAAUGCAUUGCAAUCAUGGAGAGAUCGAGCUGAAAGAGAUUUAUCUGUUGGUGGUCUAGCUGGUUCAGUUACUUCUUGGCUAGUGACAAAAAGGCUUGAUAAGCAGAUGCGGAUUCUUCUUUCUGCAGGGGCUGGUUCUCUUUUUGGACUGGUUCUACUUAACAGAUCUAUUCGCUCAUCUGUUGAUUACAUGCUUUCGCUGCAAGGGACUCGGGUACAGGGAGAAUUGGCACACAUAAUAUUGAGGAAUAAUCAGAGCAAUGGUUGGGCAUAUCAAUACGUCUCCAAGUACUUUUACCCUGAAGUUGUUUUCGUCGAUGCAUCGGUAGACAAGGCUUUUUAUAGAUGGCGUUACAGAAACACGUCUGGAGAUGCCAUUGCUUCUCAAACACAAAGCACCACGGAAGCUAAUUCAAAUGAGAAAGAUGCCAAGAUGAUUGCAAAAGAAACCGAGCAAGUCUGUGCAAGUGCAGGAAGCAACACUGCAGAGAAUCCAUUUGAUCUCAUUUUUGGGUUUCCCGAGAGUGCAAAAGAGGUUUCUGAUCAGGCUGAUGCACCCAAAAUAUUGUCGAGGAGGCAGGCACGAAAAGAGAAACGAUUGCACCGUAGGCAUAGGCAUGGCCGUGAGGUGGAAUCUGAGAUUUAGCUUACCAAGCAACACCAUGAUGACCGGGUGGGAGUUGUUGAACAAUCACAUACAAAUGCACUUGGUUUGGAUUGGUGCUGCUUUUUUGCAUUGCUAAGCUCCAGCCCAUUUGGACUUAUAUUUUUAGAGUUUGACAUUUUUGGGUAUCAGCAAUAAUGCUUUUCUUUCUGGCUUCAUUCUUGUAACAAAUAAAGUAUAUAAAUUGUCUUCUAAGAGCAUCCAUAGUAAUAGGCCAGCCAUAGGCUAGCCACAAACUCCUUCUGCCA